GUGUUUAGGCUCCGCCUCUUUCUCUGGAGUCUUUAUAAGCUGCUGCGCGUCUGUUUUCUGGGUCUUCGGGUUUCGCGCUUGACGGAUUGAACUUUACCGCAUCCACUUCUGCGACAUUACAGAUCAGUCGCGAUGUCUGACGAAGGGAAGCUGUUUAUCGGCGGUCUGAGUUUCGAUACCACCGAACAGUCGCUAGAGGACGCGUUCUCCAAAUAUGGUGUGAUCACCAACGUUCAUGUGGCCCGAAACCGAGAAACCAACCGGUCCAGAGGGUUCGGCUUCGUUACCUUUGAGAAUCCAGAUGAUGCCAAAGAUGCGCUUGAAGGAAUGAAUGGAAAGUCUGUUGAUGGACGGACGAUCCGUGUGGAUGAAGCUGGUAAGGGUGGUGGCGGUGGCGGCGGACGAUCGGGUGGUGGCUCCUACAGGGGAGGUGGUGGUGGCGGCGGUGGAGGAAGAGGAGGUGGAGGAUUCUUCCGAGGAGGGCGAGGAAGAGGCGGUCCGAGAGGUGGCGGUGGCUACGGCGGUGGUGACCGUAGUUACGGCAGUGACCGGAGCUAUGGCGGCGGCGGAGGAUACAAAAGCGGAGGUGGAGGCGGGUACUCUUCAGGAGGUGGCGGCGGCUACAGCCGAGACCGGGGUUCAGGUUAUGGUGAUCGGGGCGGGUCUUACAGAGAUGGCUAUGAUAGUUAUGCUGCUCAAGACUAAACCCAAGACGUGACAUCACUGGCUGAGCUUUCUAAAGACUCUCUCUCCCCCUCUCUCUCUGUUUUUCUUUAAUAUAUACACCUAGUACUCUUAAAGGGGGGAAAGGCCAUUUGUACAAUUUGCGAAUGCUGACCAAACCUUGUCUGUUAUUGGAGUCCUGCCAAGCUUUGCUUUUAUGGGGAGUGUGGAGCAUCUCUGGUCUGAUUUAACCUCCUCUUAGGCUCUUUUGUAUUUUAUAUUUCUUUGUCAUUUUAUUUGUAAGCAUCUGUUACAAGUAGUUCUGUGCACCAGCACGGUGCGUUACGUCAUCGGAGCUGCUGUUCCUUUGUUUUAUUAUUUUAUAUAUAAGUAAAUGAAAGGCUCCUUUUUAAAAGCUGUAAGGGGAUCUAUUGUCCAUGUCCAGUAUCCAAAAAGUGAAUUCCUUGCAGACUGGUGACGGCUGCGCAGCUGGAGUGGGCAGACACUGGCGCAGAUGUGCUAAUUCUCGCUCCGCUUGAGGUAUCUGUCUCCGCUCCACGCCUGCAUUUUAAACUGUGUUGAUGUAAUGAUGAACUCAAUCCAUGAAUCAGUUACUUGAAAGAGAAGAUUGUUAAAGUACACUCCAGAACGGGAAGAAGACGUGUGCUCUUGUGUUCUUUGUAUGAAGAUUUGACUCCUUUUUGUUUUAAUUUUGUUUUGCUGAUCCAUUUUUAGCUUCAUGGAGCUCAUUAAACAAAACUAUUUGUUCAAAUGCUCUGAAUCCUGUUUGUGCCUUUCAAAGAUCUAGAAGAUGGGAAGUGUUUCUCUCAGCGUCAGUGUGAGGCUCCUAAACGCAGUUUCACCCCAAAACCAGUAGAGAGAGAAUUAAUCUGCAUGAACAAAGACUUCAUUUUUAAAGGACAUUAUUUUUUUGUGUUGUCCUUUUUCAUGACAAUUAAAGUUUUUCCUUUUUUAAAUAGAUAAACAAUUACUGUCAUGAGAAUUGUUUUAUAAUAUACCAGUGUGUGUGUGUGUUUUUUGUAUUUACAGGAACUUUAUUUUAUUUUUUUAUAGGCCACAUAAAAAAAUACAUUAAAAUCCUGUAAAUGCAAACAAAUCCCUAAAAUAAAAAUUCCUGUAAAAUCAACAAAAAAAUAAUUCUGUAAUUGCAAGAAAAUAAAAAAAAAUCCCUGUAAAUGCAAAAAUUCCUGAAAUUAAAAGCAAUACAAAUUCUCUGUAAAUGCAAAAAAAUCCUAUUUAAAAAAAAAAAAAUCCCUGUAAAUGCAAACAAUUCCUGAAAUAAAAUAAAAAAAAUCUGUGUAUAUUAAAAAAUCUGCAAUUGCAACAAAAUAAAAAUCCCUGUUAAUGCCAAAAAUUGCUGAAAUGUAAAAAAUUUAAAUUCUCUGUAAAUGCCAAAAAUCCUGAAUAAAAAAAAUCCUGUAAA